AUGCUGUUGCAAAGCAUUUGGACACUUGUGUUGCUGGCGUGUUCAGUUGAUGCAACGGCAAACACAUAUCCUUUUAAAGAAAGACUUGAUCUGACGCCUUUACCCAGAAACAACCUACUUGCGUCCUUCAACUUUGAACUUGACUCCAACGAUAUACAGCUCUAUUCGGAUGGCGACUCCAUAUCUACACACUACACAGUUUUUCCCAGAUCAUUUGGACCGAUAUUGAAGACAACAAGAGCGAGAGAGCUUCAUCUGAGAUUUUCCCAAGGUUGGUGGGACUCUGAAGUAUGGGGGUCGCUACCAAGAAACGGAUCAACGGCUGGUGGUACUGGAGUGGAAAUAUGGUCUUUAAUUGAAGCAGAUGAUAAGGCACAAGCUCUCGAGAGUUGGGUGAAACUGGUGAAUUCGUUGUCCGGCUUGUUUUGCGCUUCUUUCAACUUCAUUGACGAAUCAAUCACCACAUACCCCGUCAAAACGUUGCAGCCGUACUCCAGCUUCUACCAGAAGGUACAACCUGAGAAACAGCUGUACUUGCUGAGAAGCGCGCUACCACGUGAACCAAUCUGCACGGAGAAUCUCACACCUUUCAUAAAGAUACUUCCUGCCAAGGGGAAAGCUGGUAUUUCCUCCUUGUUGAAUGGUCACAAGGUUUUCAACUCCCAAUGGAGUUCCAUGUCAAUUGAUAUCUUGACCGAAUGCGAUGACAGUCUCAUCUGCAACUACAACCUCAAACAAGCCAUAGACGUUGUUCUUAAUGUUCCGAAGACAAUUGAUAGGGCCUUGAACCCAAUCCCAAAACCCACGCCUGGAGAAGAAUUGAGGUGUGAUCAGAGCAAGACGCAUAAUGUCUUCCAAUGCUUCCCAUUAGGCGAAAAAACAGACAUGUCAUGGGACCUGAAGACUUUGUUUGGAACCACGAUAAACGGUGGUAGUUCUAUAUCGUCAGAGCCUUCCAAGGUGUGUGCCCAUGUGAACCAUGAACACUGGAAAGUGUACGCUGUCACGGGCACAGGAGAUGAUGAGAAGUUUACAGUUGUUGAUGAUUGUGCGGAUUUGGAUGUGAAGAGUACCACAAACUUCUUGUUCUCUACUGACGAAUCAAACAACGUUGUUGCGCUCAACAAACCUCCUGUAAUGACCUCGAGAUCGUUGACUGGCCACUCUCAGGAUUCGGGUGGAUUCAGAACUGAUUUUGCAAACAUUUCCGAAGAUAAAGAUGUGGAUCUCGUGUUUUUUGAAACACUUCCCUGGUUUGUUCGUAUAUUCCUGCACACCAUGGACAUCACAAUUACGAAGCCUGACAAGUCCACGGUGACAUACUCCAUCUCGGACCCUCUCAGUGAGACGGUAUUGAAACAGAUUUAUUACAGCCCGGCCGUCGACAGAAAAGCUCCUACCCAUUUGGAGCUUCUGUUGAGAAUCCCAGCGGGUUGCUCGGUGACUUUGAAUUACCAGUUCGACAAGUCCAUGCUAUUGUAUGCCGAAUAUCCACCAGAUGCGAACCAUGGCUUCGAGAUUGACCCGGCCGUGAUUUCGGUCAUUGGAGAGGAAGGUAAUGAGAUCUACCACUUUAGAACAACAACUUCGUUGCUUACACUGCCAACACCUGACUUCAGUAUGCCCUACAACGUGAUUAUUCUCACGUCAACUGUGAUGUCUUUGGCAUUUGGAGGAAUAUUCAAUCUGCUGGUGAAACGCGUGGUUACGCAAGAGCAAGCUGACUCUUUAGCGAAGGUUUCUCCACUCUAUCGUGUUAGUGAGAAGCUUGGUAGGGUCCGGACAAGGAUUAGACAGCUGUUAGGCAGAGCUUGA